CAAACACACUGAAGCAAUAAAGACCACAAAAUAAGCAAGAGCUUCUCUUCUUCAAAAAUUAUAAGACCAGGAAUGGAAGGUGUGGAUUUGACCAGAGACCAUGGCAAUCAGCUUCGUGCUACUGCUGCUUUUUGUCCUGAAUGCUGAUGGUACUCGUAUUGUUGGAGGUAGAGAUGCUGCCCCACACUCGCGCCCCUACAUGGCCUCGUUACAAGUGCGAGGUAGCCUGAACUGUGGGGGAGUCCUGGUGAGAGCGGACUUUGUGCUUACAGCAGCACAUUGUGAGAUACCUGUACCAUACACAGUUGUACUUGGAGCUGAUUCACUGUCUGGUAAUGAGCCUACAAAGCAGGAGCUCAGUGCUGUCAGAUCCAUUCCACAUCCUGGCUACGAUGGACAUGAAAAUGACAUCAUGCUCCUAAAGCUCAACAGCACCGCCCAGCUGACUGAAACAGUGCAGCUGAUCCCUCUGAGAAGAGGCAGGCUGCGUCCAGCCAGUCAGUGCAUCACAGCUGGCUGGGGCGAUGUAGGGGAUAACAACACCUUACCAAACAGGCUUCAGGAAGUCAACGUAACCAUCCUGCCACAGCAGACAUGCCUUAGGAGAUGGGGAAGUGUUCCAAUCACCAGGUCAAUGGUUUGUGGCGUUGGGGCCAGCGUCUUUCAAGGCUUUUGCUCGGGGGAUUCAGGUGGUCCAUUGGUGUGUGAUGGAACUGUAGCAGGCGUUGUGUCCUUCUCUGGCCGGCGAUGUGGAGACCCCAGGACCCCUGAUGUCUACACGCGCAUUUCGUCCUUCACGGAAUGGAUUACAAGCGUGUUAGACAACAAUUAAGUAAAUUAGAUUGUAUGGUAAUGUGUCAAUAUGCUUGAUUGGGAUGUACUUUUCAAGACAAGGCUCUUAAUAAUAUACAAACAUUGUGUUAUGUUGUAUCUGUUUAACAAUGAGGCGAUAAAUUAUGUUUUUUUUUUGUUAUUUUUGUUAUACAUCAUGCAUUCAAAUUGGGUCAGGCAAAACUCUUUUCAUUCCAAAGUUUCAAAAGUAUACUGAGCUGAAUGUAAUAAUAAACUGAAAAUGAAAAAAUAAAGUAAAUUCCUCUGCA